GCAACCAGCUCCUGGAAGCAGUUUUGUGGAGUCCUGUACACACACACACACACACACACACACUCUCCUACUGGACUGGAUGUACCCCCUCCUCAUCCUCACUUAAGAAAAGGAUGCCUGGGUCUGUGCCCUUGUGCUGAGCAGGCGUUGGCGGGCUGAAGCAUGGGCGCUGCACUGGCCAGCAUCCCCACAACCCCCUCCACCGCCACCGCCACCACCACACGCACCAUCACUGCCUCUCUGUCACCACCAGCAGCACACUGCCCCACCGACACAGGCGCUCCCUCCAGCCCCUCUGAUGGGCGAAGACACUGACACCACCCCAGCGCUCAACCACCGCGGCUUCCUCCCCGACCACAACUAUGUGACUGAAGGGCUGCUCCUGGCUAUAGCCUGAAGAGCUCCGCCCAUCCUGUCCACCCCUCUCCACCCUGGAGUCCUCCCCCAGGAUGUUGAGUCCCAUCCAGGUCCUGUGCUCCGACAUCACUACCCUUUCUCUGGAGCCUGAGCCGUUUGCCUCUUACACUGAAGCUGAUAUCAUCUCCACUGUUGAGUUCAACCACACAGGAGAGCUCCUGGCCACAGGGGACAAGGGGGGCCGAGUGGUCAUCUUUCAGAGGGAACCUGAGAGCAAGACAGAGCCCUUUGCCCAGGGUGAGUACAAUGUCUACAGCACCUUUCAGAGCCAUGAGCCUGAGUUUGACUAUCUUAAGAGUCUGGAGAUUGAGGAGAAGAUCAAUAAGAUCAGAUGGCUGCCUCAGCAGAACGCUGCACACUUCCUACUCUCCACCAAUGAUAAGACCAUUAAGUUGUGGAAGGUGAGCGAAAGGGACAAGCGGCCUGAGGGGUACAACCUGAAGGAUGAGGAGGGUCGCAUCAAGGACAUCUCCACUGUGACCUCCCUACAGGUACCGGUCCUGAAACCGAUGGACCUGAUGGUAGAAGUGAGCCCCAGGCGAGUGUUUGCAAACGCCCACACCUACCACGUCAAUUCCAUCUCCGUCAACUCCGACUACGAGACCUACAUGUCGGCCGAUGACCUGAGAAUCAACCUCUGGCAUCUGGACAUCACUGACCGCAGCUUUAACAUUGUGGACAUCAAACCGACCAACAUGGAGGAUCUGACGGAGGUGAUAACGGCGGCUGAGUUCCACCCUCAUCACUGCAACCUGUUUGUGUACAGCAGCAGUAAAGGCACGCUGCGCCUCUGUGACAUGAGGGAAGCCGCGCUGUGUGACAAACACUCCAAACUGUUUGAGGAGCCUGAAGACCCCAGCGCUCGCUCCUUCUUCUCUGAAAUCAUCUCCUCUGUGUCGGACGUUAAGUUCAGCCACAGCGGCCGCUACCUGCUCACCAGAGACUACCUGACCGCCAAAGUCUGGGACCUCAACAUGGAGAGCAAGCCCCUGGAGACGUACCAGGUUCACGAUUACCUCCGCAGCAAGCUGUGUUCUCUUUACGAAAACGACUGCAUCUUUGACAAGUUUGAGUGUGCUUGGAACGGCACAGACAGUGUGAUCAUGACUGGAGCCUACAACAACUUCUUCCGCAUGUUUGACCGAAACACCAAGCGCGACGUGACCCUGGAGGCGUCGAGGGAGAGCAGCAAACCCCGAGCUGUGCUAAAGCCACGCAGGGUCUGCGCGGCCGGGGGAAAGCGUCGAAAGGACGACAUCAGCGUGGACAGCCUGGACUUCACCAAGAAGAUCCUCCACACAGCCUGGCACCCGACGGAGAACAUCAUAGCCAUCGCUGCCACCAACAACCUGUACAUCUUCCAGGACAAACUCAACAAUGAGAUGCAUUAACGACCAAGUGGAUGAAUGAGCUCCAAAUGGAACACGCAACUAUGCUGGAAUGUCCUCAUUAACAGACACUGAUGCCCAGGAAUAUGCCUAUGUCACAUCAACACACACGUUUGUGAAGAAAACACAUAUACGUCUCCUACGACACGUUUGUUUACGCUCUGUCCAGCCUCCCAGAACUGAAGAGAACUGAAGAGGAGGGAACAACGCUGGAUUACACAACUAACGAUGGAUUAAAAAUAAUAUCCACACUGUGGAUCUUUUGAUUGUUAGCCUCUGGACUGUGCUUGAUGGUGUGAUGAUGCUACAUCAGUUUCUGAGGGCCAAAAACCCAUCAGACUGAAAAAAACGUGUUUACAAGUUAGUCUUUUUUGCGUCCAGCUCUUUCGCAUUUUUUUUCUCCACCUCCAACUGAAAGGUGGUGUUUUUAUUCGCCCUCUGUUACCAGCAGCACCAAAAACUUGUUUGAUUGUUUUACACUAUUGAUUGUAACUACACAGAUAAAGGAUUAGAGCCACAUGUGUUAUUAUUUUUAGUUCUUACUCCGUUAUUAGAAUAAUUAGAUUACAUUUAGAACAAAGGCUAUUAUUUUAUGUUUAAUAUUAGUCAAUAAAAUCAUAUUUUUUAACGUUCUUUCAUUCUGGUUGAAUGUAGGUGUUUUUUCUGACUUUUGGUGUUUUGCCAUGUAACUGUUAAAACUAGUUUUUACUCCACCUUAAAUUUAAUUGAAGACUCUAGUAAUAGACGAGUAAAGUCUCCCUCGUUUUUUUUAGUAAUAAUUUAUUUUCAGGAAAACUCCUUAAUUCCGAAUUCUUGUUCCACGUGUAACAAAAAUGAGAUGUUAAGAGAAAGAUAACUCAUUAGAAGUGGAAUAAUAUAUUAAAUUAAUCAGUGUGUGAUCCUUUGCCGAGUGGACCAAUAAGAGUCGGACCACGUGAUGUUUCCGGUAAAUAGAGAGCACCAGUUGUCUACUAACUUCUCAGUGGAAUUAUCAGUGUGUAACUGACUUCGGUGAUUGACGAAAAUGAGUAGCAUUUGCAACGAGUUUACACCAUAUCAGCCCAAAACAAAACGCGGACUUAUGCGACUUUAUGUUCACCGGCAGGGUUUCCAGAGAGAGAGAGAACUUAUGUUUCCUGAACGACAGAGCAAACGUGAGUUAAAACGACCUUCUUUCUUUAAAACUGGCGUUUGUGAUGCUGUAGCAAACACAUAGUGUUGAACAUUGAAGUAAGCUUUACGUUGGACAUCCUACUGGCGCUCUGACAAAUGAAAAUGUUCAAAAAUGGUUCUUUAAAAAAAUUUGAAAAAGUGAACUUUUUUAGAUUUAAAGGUUUAGUUUACAUGAAGUUUGUGUUUUUUCCCUCUAAUCUUUACACUGUAGCUGCUCAAACAUUUCUGCUGUCUAUUAUGGGUAAAGCUUUUUUUAUUUAAUUUAAUUUUAAUUUAUUUUUUAUUUUUUCUUAUUUCCAAGUCAAAAAAUCUGACAUUACACUAUUUUCUCUCCAUGUGGCUCUAGUCUUUCUCUGUUGAUUUACAAUGAUAAUCAUCAAGGGAAAAAAAUGUUUGGUGGACCAGAAUGAAAAAGAACCUGUGCUCUUAAUCCAUGUACACCCAGACUCCUCAUCAGUGCUCCACUAGACCACCGUAUGUCCAGUGAGAUAAAACCUCUGUGGUCUUGCAGAUUAAUGAGCAGACCUUCACACAACAUGCUCAUUUAACAACACACACACACACACACACACACACAUCUGCUUCCCACCUUUCCGUUCUUUUAGUUAUCAUUGGUGAGACAAGUUCUCGGGCCGUGGAUUCUGCUUCUGGUUUAGGACUGUGCCACGUUGCCGUUGAGCAAAGCGGAAAUCAAACACAAACAAUACUUACAUUAUGAAGCAAAACGAUGCUGCAUGUCAAACAGAUUUAGCCUAGGUGUUUAUAACAUGGACUGAGUGACUGACUUGGCUGCCUUCUUAACCACUUAGACCCAGCUGUACAAAGGCUUCAGGGGCCCCUGGGCCCCGUGCAGCACGAAUAACCACUAAUGACCGAGCUCUCCUAACUUUAUUUGUGUCGACAGACACUGAAGCAUGUUUACCAGUGUUCGGUUCAUACGUGUGCAUUUUCGAAUGAAGCUGUAUGUUUUGAGGAAAGGGUGGUUUGUUUAAUGUUGUACUCUCGGAAAAAAGGCCUAAAUGGUGUCUGUAUAUAUUUACUCUCUUUUGACAUGAAUGAAAAUUUUCCUUUUUUUAAAAAGAGAUUUUAUUUGGUUUACCUACAAACAAACUGCAGUAGCGAUCGUCCCUGCUGAUGAUUGAGAAUGAUAGUUUGACCUUUGGCCUUCCUCGUUGAUUUCUUCACUGAUUUGCAGAUGGGAGUUAUUUUUAGAGAAUCUAUUCUUUUACUUUUCAAGUUUUCCUUCACAUUCUGACCAAAUUAAUGUGAACUCAAAUAUUUUUUAUGUUAACCAAUGUUGUUGUCAAAUGCGCAGUUAUAAAUACUCUUAAUAUGAUUUUUUCUGAUUAAAAAUUUCAACAAAUUUGCAUCCAA